AUGGCAGUUAGUCAUGUGGCAAUUUGCAUAUUUUUUGCACUUAUUUUAAGUACAUUCGCUGCUCAAUUAAAAGCACCAUUUAAACAGUGUUCACCGCCGAGCUCCGGUGAAAUUGUUAAGGUCUCUGUAAAUGCUCCGUGCACAGAUGAAUAUUGCACAUUUUAUAAGGAUGCUGAUGCUCGACUCGAAUUUUCAUUUACUCUAAAAAAGAAAGCUCAUAAAGUUCGAGCUAAAGUCGUUGCAACUAUCGGUACAAUCGAUCAUGAUUUUGCUUUACCUAAUUCUGAUGUUUGUCAACAACUCGGUUGUCCACUUCAAAACGGGGUUGUAUACACAUACCGUAAUAGCAUGUUUGUUAGUCCAACAUAUCCAUCAGUAAAAGUUAAUCAAAUGCGUUACUAUUUAAUCGAUGGUAAAGGCCGUGAGCUCGUCUGUGUCUCACUACCUGUCAUGAUUACUGAAAAGGGUUCGAAACAAUGA